AUGAACUAUUCGAUAGUUCUAGAACAUGAAGACCAUGUAGGAGCUGUCCUAGAAGGUCUAAACGAGCUUGUAACACCAGAAGCAACCCCGGCAGCAGCCCUGGAGCCAGCGACAGUGAGGGAGGUAGCCUGUCAGCGAGGCGCCUACGAUGACAGUGAGCCUAUCAAUAGCGAGGUCCUAGCUGAACACCAGCCAACACAGCCUAUCAGCAAACCUACAGCCAUAUUGGACGCCAUUGACAGUAGGCAUAAAAACUCUGUAUAA